GGAGGUCGGGGCCGCCGCCCGGGGUCGGGGCCAGCGGAGGUCGGGCCGCCGCCGGACCCCGCCGCAUGGCAGACCGCGGGCUGCGCCGGCCGGGGACGCCCGCCGCGGGGCCCGAGGGCAGCAGCCGCAGGCCGGGGUACAAGGAGAAUCCACCUUCCAAGUGUUUCCAGAAGCCCAAGAACAGGCCGCAGUGCUCAGCCUCCCUGAACAGCCGGCGGUGGGUGUUCGUGAGGAAGGGGCUGGAUGACUUUAGGAAAGGCUGCCCGCCUUGCCACGCUCUGAUCUCUCGGGGACUUCAGGAAGGCUCUCUGCCCCAGAUUUGUCACAGAGCUCCCCCACCAGCCCCAAAGAAGAAGCAGAAACAGCCACCCAAAGACGCAGCCCUGUCUUCCAAGCUCUCACCAGCCCAGCAGUUGCGGAAGGCGUUCCUGGAGAACGUGGAAGCCCGCCUGGCCCCGCACCCCUUGGCCCUCUACCCACAUCUGGAAGAGGCCAUGCCAGCGGAGCUCUUAUUGAAGGUGCUGGAAGUGCUUGAUCCUGACAGGAAGCUGAAAGAUACCUGGGUUUAUUGUGAGGACCCCAGAAAAAGUAUGAAAGAACCCCCAAAGCUUUUUAAAAAACGUUCUGCACAACUGGGACCCCCCAAGAAGAGUUCUGGGUCAUGUUCAGGCCAAUGGCUCUAUGAGGAAAAGCCAUGCCAGGUGGACGUGCAUCACAAAGCUGGUCCUCUUGUUUAUGAGAAUGUGCGGAAAGGAGUUAGUGACUUCUGCAAUUGGGUUACGACUUUGGGAAGUUCAAACAUUGAUGAAGAGUUCGUCCUGAAACAGUUCCACAUUGAUUAUCAAAGCAAACUGAGCCAUGACCUUCUCUGCACGGGGAGGCUAAACCAGCUUCCUCUGGAGCUCAAGCGUCAUGUGCGGCUAAACAAACUGCAGGAGCCGGAAUUCCUCCAGAAACCAGACAAGGAGAGGAAACUCCAGAAACCACAGAAUCCUAGCAAACCAAAGAGGGUGAAGAUGAGGUAUGGGGCGUGGUAUCUGGACACCAAGUUGUGGAAAAAGCAAAGAGCGGAUGAACCCCUGGUUGACCCUCAGGUCUCACAUGAAGCUCAUGACGAGAAUCUUAAAAAGGGACCACAGGAGCAGGAGGAACUCUUCACAGGCCUUCAUGGAACAGCUGUCUUUGAGGAUUUCAUUCUAAGCCGGGGCUACCCGAUGCCGCGUUUUCUUGAGAAGAUGUAUCCCAGGAAAGAAUGUAAAUAUGCGUGUAGCAAGACUCCUGUACAAUUAACUCAAGUGUAGAAGAAUCCUGGGAAGAUGAUCAGGCAGAUUUUACUGACGACAUACUUGGCCAUUACUCUCUCACAUUAAACAUUAAACAGAGUUUAUUGUGAGCGCACCACUGCAGAUGUUCAUCUUUGACUUGGCAGCAUCUGUAAAGGUAGCACAUAAUACUUCCAAACAUUUCUCAACCAUCUUCAAUAAUCAAUACUUCAUAUAUUUCAUCAUCUAGGAGAUCAGUAAUCACAAGUAAUCUCACAUUUUUGCAGCACUGUGACUAUCACGUAGAUAUAUGCACUAUUUGUAAAAUUUAAAACAAUAAAUAAAA